UUUACCAAGUGACAAUGACGACAAUGAGCCUCCAAUGGAACAAGUUAAUGCUUGUGACAACAAUUGUGUCAGUACUACUGAUUUGCAGCUUUGGCCGGGGUGAUGUCGGCGUCAAUUAUGGGUUGAAUGGAGAUAAUCUUCCAUCUCCAAGUGAAGUCGUAGGCAUGUAUCAGAGGUGUGGAAUUCCAUACAUGAGGAUCUUUGAGCCGAAACCUGACGUGCUUGACGCGCUAAGAGGAACAGAGAUCAUACUCAGCCUUGGAACCAGAAAUGAAGACAUACAGAACCUUGCACAAAGUCAAGAAGCAGCCACCGCCUGGGUGAGUGCUAAUGUGCAGCCUUAUGCAAAUAGUGUGAAAAUCGGAUGGAUCACUAUAGGUAACGAGGCGAUUCCAGGACCGUCUGCUGCUUUUAUUGGUCAAGCCAUGACUAAUGUUCGUAAUUCUCUUGCUUCCAUUGGCUUGUCUAAUAUUGCUGUGACAACUGUUGUUUCAAUGGAAGCAUUAUCAGUGACUUAUCCGCCCUCAGCAGGAGCUUUCUCAAAUGAAGCGGUGAAUCCCAUGCGCAGCAUUGUACAGUAUUUUGCAAAUGCAGCUUCACAAACGCCGAUUCCCUUAAUGGUGAACAUCUAUCCUUACUUCGCUUAUGCGUCUGACCCGGAUCAUGUACCGUUAGACUAUGCCAUGUUCCACGCAACAACACCGGUGGUUGAUGGAGAGUUGAAAUAUUUUAGCUUAUUUGAUGCAAUGGUAGAUUCUUUUUAUGCAGCUUUGGACAAAAUAAAAGCGGGUACUGUUCCUCUUAUUGUAGGCGAGACUGGUUGGCCUUCAGCAGGGAACGACCCAAAAACAAGUAAGGAAAACGCACGGACGUAUAAUCAGAAUCUUGUUAGUCACAUUAAAGGCAAUGGAACACCGAGGAAGCCCGGCCAAUUGUUGACAGCAUUUUUGUUCGAAAUGUUUAAUGAGAAUAAAAAGGAAGCAGGAGUUGAGCAGAACUUCGGAUUAUUUACUCCAGACAAGCAGCCUGUGUAUCCAUUUUGGGAUUGUUAGCCAACAAAAUGAUGCUUAGAAAUAAAACUUUUCCUUCAAUUAGUGAAGUUAUACAAUAAAUGGUUUCCUUUA